GGGCGUUACCGAGAAGCUGUGAAGGAAGUGACGUAGGGCACGCGCCGGUGGCGUGAUGGAGCAGCAGCAGCAGCAGCAACAGCAGCAGCAGCUCAGAAACCUGCGGGACUUCCUGUUGGUCUACAAUCGGAUGACGGAACUCUGCUUCCAGCGCUGCGUGCCCAGCCUGCACCACCGAGCUCUGGAUGCUGAGGAGGAGGCCUGUCUGCACAGCUGUGCUGGGAAGCUGAUCCAUUCCAACCACCGCCUCAUGGCCGCUUACGUGCAGCUCAUGCCUGCCCUGGUACAGCGCCGCAUCGCAGACUACGAGGCUGCCUCAUCUGUGCCAGGUGUUGCUGCCGAACAGCCCGAAACCUCGCCAUCAGGGAGCUAGCCGUCCCCAACCCCGGGAAGGGAGGCACUGGAUGGACCCUCAUAUUUAAGGAGCCAGUGGACCUUGGGCUGGGUGCGACCUGUAUAUAGAAAGUGAGGAGUUGCCUGAGAGCUGGGUACGGUUGCUCCUUUUCCUGGAGCUAAUAAACCCACUUUUACUUUGUUUGGUUUAUAUUCUGGGCAAGGAAGCUUUGCCCACUUGAUUGACACCAUCUUUAUUAUUCUGUCAGGAUGCUUCAGCCCUGGCAGCAGAGAAAUUGCCUUCAAUGUGUAGAAGGAAAACGUCAGCAUUCCCAGGCACCUGGUUAAAGCGACAUCUGUGGGUACAAUUUUAAGACUGGUAAUAGCGACAAGAAGUUGGUUUCUGCCCAGAUGACAGAAAAUGGGAACUCUGUCUAGCUGUCCUUAAAUCUGUCUGACUUAAAUGGCUCACUUAGAGAUAUCUAAGGACAGCAGAUUAAGAAUCCACAGGGCUUUUAGGCGCUACCUCCUGGGAAGUCAGUAGCCUCAGACAGAGAUGAAACCUGUAAGAAUUCUGGGGUGUUCUGGAACGUCAACCACUUCCUCAAGUUGUUACUUACUUAAUAUUUUCUGUCUUCUUAGGAUGAGCAGUAAAAUCUUUAAACAAAGAAGAUCUGUGUGCUUGUCUUCAGGAGCAGUCAGAAAGGGGAAAACUUGUGGAACCAUAUUCUGCAAUACAGUCAGACUCGAGGGAUAAAAACCUAAGGGAGAAGUAGAUGGUGAUGGUUAUGGGGAAAAAAGGAAGAAAGCCAAAUCUUCAGGACUUCUUGAAUGUUACCUUAAUGUCUCACUGCUUGUCUGUAAUCUCCUGAUUCCAUCUCUUCCUCUACCCCAGACUGUUCCCACUGUGCCUGUUCUGUGAUUUCUAAUUCCAGCCUGUCUGUUCUUUCCUCAUUAUUUCCCUCCGUGUGGAAUUUACUUCUGUAUUCAGCAAUCUGAGUGGCCUAUACAUCACUGAAUUUUCUUGCCAUUUUUGUGUCCUUUUUGUAUCAGCUGUUUUAACAUUUCUGUUCCUCCAUUCACACUGCUAGAGAAAAACAAAGCUGUGUAGUGAAUGCCACUAAAUAUUCAAGAUCUCCAACCUCAACCAAGCCCUCGUUACAAACAAGCAACCCUUUGAAGGAUUCUUAUUUGUGCCCUCAUUGAACCCUUUUAUGUCUCGUUCACCAUUACGUCCACAGCACUUGGUAGAGUGCCAUAAACAACAACAAAAGCACGCAGCUCACACAGCUAGGUGUGUCCAUGUGAUCGAGUGAUGCAUGCAUUGCCAGGUUGUGCCCUUAAGGGUAAGGGUGGGCCUUCUCCUACUCUUUCCCCCAUCUCACUACUUGGGAUGAGGCCCAACACACAUGGUGGUGAACUGUCUUGGACCUUGAAGAUAAGGACCACUUCCUUGAAGAAGGCAGAACAACUAAAAGGCUGCCAUAUUAGCCCUGGAGUACUUAUUCCUGGACAGUUGUGUGAGAGAAAAAGGAGUUUUCUCUGGCUGGAUGCAGAAGAGAAUGUCAGAAAGAUUUGAAACAUAAGAAGGAUUUGAGGCACUGCUGCUGGUUUGAAGAUGAAGGUGCCAUAUGGCAAGGAAGACAGGUGGCCUCUAGGACCUGAGAGUGGCCCCUGAGGCCCAGGAGGAAACAGGGACCUCAGUCCCACAACCGCAAGAAACUGAAUCCUGUCAACAACAAGAAUGAGCUUGGAGGAGGAUUUUCCCCCAGAGCCUCCAGACAAGAACUCAGCCCAGAUGACCUUUCAGGCUUAUGAUAUCCUGAGCAGAGAACCCAGUCAGGCCAUGCUGGGCAUCGAUGUACAGAACUGUGAGAUACUAAAUGGAUGUUGUUUUAAAGCUGCUUAGUUUGUGGCAAUUGGUUACACAGCCACAGAAAACUUCUCUGUCUUCUAAAUGAACCGUCUCAGCUUGACUCGAAAGUUCCUGGGGAGGAGGUCUUCCAAGAAAGAAGCACUGGCUUCUUACCGCAGACUUCCCUCCUGGGUACCCAGAUAAUGACCGUAAUGAAGACAGAGAGAUACCUGAAGAAGAUCC